ACAGCAGUGACGCCAGGAACUGGAGACUAUAUUAGUUCGGAGCUGCCAGAAAUUAACUCACUAAAGGCAGCUCUAUACAUUGAUAAAAGGGGAUUUCGUUGUCGGAUAUUUCAUUUCAAAUUAACAAUGAAGAUGCCAAAUUUCAGCCUCGCCUUUCUUCUGGCCAUGGUCUACCCCGCCGUCCUGUUGGCCAACAGACCACAAAAGCUGCACCGAACCUUAUUUUCCAUUGACGUGGAAGAGUCUGACAUCUAUUCUGAAGAAGGUGAUGAUGAUGAUUUGUACUCUGGCUCUGGCUCUGGCUCUGGCUCCGGGUCUGGGUCUGGAUCUGGUUCUGGUGGUGGCUUUAUGCUGAAACAAGGCUCUUUCAUUGCAAAGUUGACAACAGAUUUCCCGACUGCUCCUUCAACAUCUUCAAGCAGUCCGCUUUCUUCAAGCCAAGUAACUGUGACUGACAUCCCACGCCAAGGUGUCGUGAAAGAUUUGAGCACAAUACCAGUGCUUCCUGAUUUGCAUGCUGUUGACACCACUACUGAUGCCAUAAUGACCAGCCGUAUGCCUUCCACCACCAUUUCAAAAGGAACCAGAGCUAAUCAUUUCAGGCCACGUAUUGUUGACAUCAAGCACGACACAACUGUUGCUGCUCCUCUUAUGAGUAGUGCUGGUCCUAAAGUUCCAAGCAUGUUACCUGAUCAUACAACUGCUAUUGUCAAGGAUGAAUCCUUCACUGUGUCACAUGUGGUUGCAGAACAUGAAAAUGAAAAAGCUACAACGGUAAACACAAACAUUGAUCUAAUUAACGAGGUUGUGGUGAAAAUGACUGUGGAAACAGUAAACAGUCCAAUUGAAGAUGACAUUUUCAUCAAAGAUGAAACAGUGAUUCCAAAUGGUCGGAACCCAAACCCCAUUCAAGAUCACCAAAGUUCGGUGAUGCCACCAAAAGACAGCUACGUGCGAGACUUCAGUACAUCGGGCAGUUUUCUCGAAAGACGUGAAUUAUUGGCAGCUGCUGUGGUUGGAGGACUUGUGGGACUCAUGAUCGCUGUCCUGCUGGUAGUAUUGUUGGUAUAUCGGAUGAAGAAAAAGGAUGAGGGAAGUUAUACUUUGGAUGAAGCAAAGCAGCCAAAUGGAGGCUACCAAAAGCCAAAAAAACAGGAGGAGUUCUACGCCUAAAUAUGUUUUUAAAGUUUUGCAUUAUUCCUUUAUGCCAAAAGAACAAGUUUUAUUUUUUUCCUUCUUCUUGCCUGCAUUAGAAAUUGAAUCAGAAAAUUGCCAGUCUAAUUUCUAUCGCCAUGACAAUUGUACUUUCUGACAGUUCUCAGACAGGCAGAGAUAAUGCAUUGGUUUAACAGGAAGCAUUGCAAUUUGGCUUCAUUGGUGACAACUUUCAUUUUAAUUUUUAUAUUCUCAUGGAUAGCUGCCUUGUGAAACAUUAGGGUAAGCAAAGUUAGGCUUUUAUUUUGGACCUAAAUAAAUCAGUUGGGAAUCUGCAAAGUUACAUUGUAAAGUUGCAAUAUGACUACACAUGUAAAUUUUUAUAAUGUAAAAAUAUUUACUAAAUGGGUGGGAGAUAGAUGACAAAGAGAUACUUGUAUUGAUAUGAUUUCAAAUUGUAUGAAAGCUUAAGGUGUGUAUCUAAUAAUAUAGAUAUAGACAAUAGACACCUUUGGAUACACAUUUGUUUAUAUUUUGUGUUGUACUAUGUAGCUAAUUGAGAAAAUACAUAACCAUUUUAAAGAACUGACACUAAUUUUAACAAUUGCUCCAGUUUUAAGACAACAGAAGGAUUAAUUGAAAAAUUAUGUACUGAAAAGGUAAUUAAUCAAUGACGGAUGGCAAGAAUAGAUGAAUGUUUCUAGAGUUGCAUAUAUUUUUGAUCCCGAUGCUUUUUUGCCUUAUUUCUGUCAAUAAUAUGUUUUCAUAAUAUAAUCAGCCACUGAAGCACCUGACCUAUUUUAGAGAGCUGGACCUCUGAGUUUGUAAAAGAUUAAUUAUGGGCAAUACCCUCCCAGGUCUGCCCCCAUUUUACAUAGAUAGGUGUUUGUUUUUUUCCUGAUCGUCACUUAUCUUGGUGAUCUAACUCAACUAAAUAAAACUUACACAAAGUGCUGGAGUAAUUCAGCAGGUUGGGCAGCCUUUCUGAAGAUCAUGGAUAGGUGACCUUUCAGGCCAGGACUACAGACUGAUUGUGUGUGUGUGUGGCAGCUGGAAAACAUAUAGGGGCAGGAAAAAGCCUGGCAAAUGAUAGGUGGAUUUGCAUUAUCAAACACCCCAUACCUGUAUCCACCUAUCGCUUGUUAUGCUUUAUUCAGCCCACUCCUCCACUAGCUUUCUACCUCCCCUCCAGCCAGUCUGAAAAAGGGUCCCGACCCAACGUCACCUAUCCAUGUUCUCCAGGAAUGCUGCCGGACCCGCUGAGUUACCCCAGCAUGUGCCUUUUGUUUUUGUAAACCAGCAUUUGCAGUCCCUGCAACUCUAAAUAAAACGUUUCACUUUUUUUUCAGAUAUUUCUUUUGUCUGAUAAAUGUCGGCAUGCUUGUAGUAAGCAGUCCUGCAGUGUAGCCAGUUUAUGCUGAGACUUUGAAAGCUCCUCAAUUAGAAUAAUUUACUGAAUGUGACAAAGCAUAAAAAAAUAGUCAUGCACCUUUCUGCAUAGAUCAAUACAUAUGAGCUGAACCUUGGCAUAAUCUUGCCUUUGCAGGAGAUUUUUCUUUUUUCAGCUGCUCCUCUAUUCCUACCAAGUUUGACGAGCAUUCUGCAUUCCCAAUUUGUUCUUUUUAACAUCUUGUAAUUUAAAACUGUAGUGAAAUUUUGAACAAAUGAUUUAUAACCAGGGAUAUGUGCCUUUUGGUAUCUUCCAAUUAAUGCCAUUUAAUUUAAAUUAGUCUGUGAAAGUUAGCUGUGGUCCUAACCUGGCUCCUCUGCAGUAUGAAAUCUGCACAACAUUUAGAAGCAUAGAAAAUAGGUGCAAGAGGAGGCCAUUCAGCCCUUCGAGCCAGCACCGCCAUUCAUUGUGAUCAUGGCUGAUCGUCCCUUAUCAAUAACCCGUGCCUGCCUUCUCCCCAUAUCCCUUGACUCCACUAGCCCCUAGAGCUCUAUCUAACUCUCCCUUAAAUCCAUCCAGUGACUUGGGCUCCAUUGCCCUCUGUGGCAGGGAAUUCCAUAAAUUCACAACUCUCUGGGUGAAAAAGUUUUUUCUCACCUCGGUCUUAAAUGACUUCCCCUUUAUUCUAAGACUGUGGCCCCUGGUCCUGGACUCACCCAACAUUGGGAACAUUUCUAAGGUAACAACGUUUAAAAGAUAUAAUUAUUUUUGUACAACAGAAAUAGUGGCCAAAUUUUUUAAUUGAACCAUUUGUAACUACCGAAAAUGUCAAUUAUCAAAAGAUUUGGUUGAACACAGGGUUUAUGAAUUAGUGAGUUGUUCCACAAGUGUUGAAAUACUGUAUGUCUUAAUGUUUUCUAUUUAUUAUCUGUGCUACUUCUAAUUGUAUCAAGCAAUAAAGGCACUCUGGCACACUAA